AUGACAGAAAUGGAAAUAUUAGACACGUCUGGCUGUAAAAACGCUCAGUGCCUUUACGAUCACAUUAGUUGGGGAAACGCUUUCGCAAUCAUUUACUCGAUUUGUGACAAACAAAGUUUUAUUCACGCGAGACAUCUGCUCGAGACUAUAUCUGUGCUGAAAGGGCCGGGAAUGUACCCAAUCAUGCUUUUGGGCAAUAAGCGAGAUCUGGCCGAACACUCCCGUCAGGUUGAGGUAAACGAUGGGCAGGAGAUGUGUCUGCAAUAUCAGUGCCAGUUCUACGAGAUAUCUGCCGCUGAGAGUAGUGUUGGCGUAUGUCUUGCUUUUCAAAGUCUUAUUAGACAAGUCUGUCCAUUGCUUUCCAUGCGAGGGAUGCCUGCCAUCAGACGUAAGACAAGCUCCGGUAUCACUGUAUCCAAAAUGAUUGGUUUGGUUUUUGGCAAAAAUGGUAAAAAUGGCAGAAACGGCAAAAAGAAAUCACUUUCCAUUUGAUAUUUAUCUAAAAGAUUUUGUAUACACAACAUAUUGUACACAAUAUUCAUAAAUCCCAUCCAAUCAUUGAUUAUAUAAUAUACUUAUUGUUAAAUUAAGAAAUUUAAUCCAAG